AUGUACCACCAAAGACAGUCAAAAGUACCGUCUCUAUUACCAAACUCAUCCUUACAAUUAGGCCCUUUCAAUAACAUUGAUCCAAGUCUUAUCACAACAUAUAAUGAUUUAAUUCAAAUAUUUUUACCUCAAAUUAAAAAGACAACUAGUGAAGUGAUUGUUGAAGGUGACCCUCGAACCACUUUCCAAUUUAUUUCAAAGAUUGGAAGAGGUCAAUAUGGCACAGUUUAUAAAUGUAAGAGUUUAAAUAACAACAACACCAACAAUAAAAUAUAUGCAGUGAAGCGAUUAUCAAAAAGUGGGUACAGUAACAAUAAUAUUGCUAUAUACGGAAUGAAUCAAAUACUAAGACAACAAGAACGUUGGAAACAAAUGGGAUGGUCUGAAAAAUGGACCAGUGAUGAAAUUAUUAUGGUGUUAAAUUUAAUUAAAAUUAGAUGGGAAAUUCUUGUCAUGCAAAAGUUAACAAGAAAUACAUCUUUAUCUCCUUAUAUAGUUAAUUUUAUUCAAUGUGUAGAUUAUAAUAAUAGUUCCGAUAUUUGGUUAAUAUAUGAAUGCUGUGAUUUGGGUGAAUUACAGUGGCAAAGGAGUAGUAAAGAAGAAAUUUUAAAUCAGUGGAAAUUAAUAUUAUCUUCAAAUGGAGAACACGAAAACAACCAAUUAUCGAAAAAUAAUAUUACUGUGCAUGAUAUUGUGAUAAAAGUAUUACAUGAUGUUGCACAGGGUUUAUUCUUUUUGAAAAAAUCCAAGAUAAUCCAUAGAGAUAUAAAACCUGCUAAUAUUUUAAUUGACAGCAGAACAGGAACUUUAAAGAUAUCUGAUUAUGGUUGUAGUUUAAUAGAACCUGGUGAUCAAGGUCUAUUUGAUUAUGAAAAUAUGAACAUACCGUUUUCGACUAUCUUAAAUUGUUUUCAACGUGAAUUAAAUAAAAUUGUUGGCACCCCAGCAUUUAUACCGCCUGAAUUAUGUCAUUUUGAUAUGUUAUCAAAACAAAACAAUCAAAAAGUUAUUGAUGGGUAUAAGAUUGAUAUAUGGGCUCUUGGUAUAAUGCUAUAUUGUAUCAUGUUUAAUGAGUUACCCUUUUCUGGAGAUAAUGAAUUUGCUACAUAUCACCAAAUAAUAUCAAAAAAACUUUUUUGUCCAAUAACUAAAACAGACCAACUAUCAGAUUUAAUUGUAAAUAAACUAUUGAAUAAACAACCUGAUGAGCGAAUAUGUAUUGAGGAGUUGUUGAAGGAGAUAAAAGUGUUGUCACCCAAUCUAACAAAAAAUACAAAGAAACAAGAAGGAAAAACUUCCACAUUAAAAAACUUGAUUAAUAAAAUAUGGCACAAGAAAAAUCGAAAUAAAGUAAAAGUAUCAAUUAGUAAUAAAUCAAAGGAUUUAGCAACAAAAAAUGGAAUGUUCAAUAAUAGUAACAAUAGUAGAGAUAUGACAAUUGACAAUAUUGAAAAACUUGAAAGUACUUCUGAUAUGACGUCAUUGAUAUCUAAUUUGGAAGAACCUGUAUUAGUUACAGAUCCAUUAGAUCUCUUUUCUGUUAAAAACAAGAUAGAUACAUAUGAUGAAGAUUAUGAAGAAAUCAAACAAUUAAGAGAUACACAUUCUCUUUCAGAAUUGGACCAUCAAUUAUCUAGGUCACCACAAAGACAGUUGGAGAAAAGGGAAACAGUGGUAUCCAGUACGUCUUUAGAAGUUAUCACACCAAUAAAAAAAAUGAUUCGUAUCAACAAUACACCAGAGAAGAAGAAUUCUUCUUCAAAUAUUAGUGGAACUUCUGUGGGAGGACACCAUAGUUCAACAAAUAAAUUAACUUUCACAAAUAGAAGUAUUCCAAUCUCUAAUAAUAUAAUGAAUUUCAAGGCUGUGUUAAACUCUGAAGAGCAGGACUCUGGAGAGACAAUUGAUGACAUUAAAGAAUACUUGAACUAUGCCAAAUAA